AUGCACAUGGGAAAAUCAUCAUCAGAGCAGUCUGCCGGCAGGCCAUACCAAGGUGUACGAGUCAAAGAUCCUGUCAAAGAGCUGUUACGCAGAAAAAGAGGACACAAUGCCAGCAAUAUCAAAACAGCGCCCCCUACUGCUGUGGUGGUCCCAAACAACAGUUUCCCAUCAUAUUCACAUGUUGGGGCACCCAUGUCUGUGGAGUCCACACACAAUGUGCCUAAUGACUCAACAGUGGAUCUAGGAGCUCUUUGCACGGGUUGGAUAGCCCAACCAGCGUCCGCUCCUCUGCAGUCCACAGGGCAGUGGUCUUCUCCAGAUUGCCUCCACCAUGACCAACCUGUGACCACUUUUACCUCUGACAUGUAUGUGCAAACAGUCUGCCCCAGCUACACUGUAGUAGGUCCGCCAUCCAUGCUUACCCUGCCUCAUGCACCUCUCUUCACAAACUUCGGGACCUUGGGCCCCACACCCUCAGCUCUCCCUCAGGUUGAUCUGCCAGACACGUCACUCACAUACAUUCCUUGGGCGCCGCCACUAACCACCCUCUCCAGUCCUGUUAUGCAGUGCUCCCCAUGCCCUCCAGCCCUGUCUGGGACCCAGCUGCUCCCGGUGCCUGUGACCUUGCCUUUGCCUUUGGCCGAGUCCAACCCUGAACAAGCAGAGUCUGCAGACCAGGCCCAGGAAGACACACUCGCCCUGGAGAAGCUUCUCGAGGAUCAUGAAGAACAGGAGGAUCAAAAAGACUCAUACAUAUGCGGUCCCUCACUUUUUUCACAAGACAUGUGA